AUUGCCAAGAUCGGAGGUCCGUAUAGGACUGCCCCAAUCGCCCUGUCGUAGACUAUCCGAGCUUUCCUUUCAAAGCGUUAGCUGCAUAGCUGCUAAUAGCGUUAGCUGCACUCUUUCAUGAGCUGUCUUCUAGGUGUCUUCUAGGAACUUUCUUCAGCAGCUCCGGCUCUGACCUUCGCCGUUGGAAAGUUCGCCUUGUUCCAGAAUUGGCUGAUCAGUAGCAGCUCACAUUGCGCGCCGCGCAUGGCAGCUGCUUGCUAGUACUGCCAAUAUAAAGGACUCCAGAACUUGACCAGCUAUGACCAGGGUUUCUUCACUGGUACGGAUUUAGUUGCCGGGCUUCGAAAAGGAACAGUGCUUAGUAGAUGGGAUCAGCGUAGCUGUCAACUUGGCACAAGUCCACCGACUUUUCCUUAAAGCAUGGCAUUGAUCGAACCUGACUUUUAUGUCACCUCAAGCUCCUUUUAACAACGAAAACCGUUGGAAAACUGGAAUCGGACUGGAUAUAAUCCUGGCGAUCGAACUGGUUGAAUUGUGCAAACGGUGAGGAAUCCGCUGAACACACGUUGCAACUCCAAUGCACAGUUCGCUUGAGACGCCAGGCGUUGCAGAGAUUGUCAACAGAAUCAGCAGCUAGCGCAGAAACUUUCUCAGCAACUUCAGCAGAUAGCGGGCAAGACUUGAAAGUUCCAAAUAAGGUACCAAGCUGCCGCGAUGGCUGAUUUGAAUGUACCAGACCUGCCCCAAGCACAGAUUGAUUUCAAAGACGAUCACGCUCGGUCCGCGGUCCAGAUGCGGGCUGUGUACAAAGUCCCCAUGCCAGCUAGUCGCGUGUACGACAUUCUGACAGACCCGGACGAGUUCACGCGCGUCUUCAAGAAAAAGUUCAGAGGGUACAGGAAUCUGAUCAUCCAUGAGGACGACGGCGGGGGCAUCCGUUCAAAAGAGAUGGAGCUUCAGCAGUGGUACAACGUGCUGGUCUGGCGGGGAACGCUCACAACGCAUAUGCACUUUGAGGAGGACCGCAGGCAGCUCGCGGUCGACUUUCGGUUGGGGCGGCAGGGCAUGAUGAAGAUUUUUGAGGGAAGGUGGGAGAUCACACCGAUGACUGAGCAACAAAAAGGGCUGCCCAUGACACAGGUUACGCUGUACCAGACCAUGAAGGCACACAUUCCCGGGGUUCCCCGGCGCGCAUUCCCGCUACGAAGAUUCACCAAAAAGGUCACUGAGGACAUGGUCGCUGACUUUCGACGGGAAGCGGCAGAAAACUUCUCGAAGGAACCAUCCAAGCUCGCUUCAUCAACGUCCGAUCUUACAAUAUAAAGUGAGUGGCUUCGCGGAAUGGCAACCUGAUUUUGAUGUCGACCUGAGCAAUCCAUCCAUAAAGGUACACCUUAGCAUUCAACGCUCUCCUCCAGACAUGCAGAAGCAUAGAGGGCAUGGCCGGGUUUGCAUAUUUGAGUAAGCUGUUGGCUUUUACUUCUUUCCAAGCGGUAAAUGUUUGCUGAAACUCAUAGGCUAGUGGAGUUAGCUAACUCCACAUGGGACUCACCUUCUGAAUCUGCUAAUGAUUCCCAACUUAAAUUAGACGUUGAAUGGCCCUUCACGUGCCUACAGCUCCCCCGCGCCACUGCGGAAUGGCAUAGGCAUGCCGUCCGGCUAGAUUGAGAGCCAACCAGUAACUUGCACGCAACGGUCGUACGUUGGAUUCUCUGGUACCUCAGUGCAAGAUCAACCGUAUAUAAGU